AUGGUGAUCACAUUCCUGGGGAAAACAGUACCAUAUUACAUCGAAUUUUCCGGCCUUCUUCUGCGGUGCUACCUCUACAAGAGGACCGUGCCACAUUGCCGAACCUGCAACGAGACAGGCCACAGAGAGGACGUCUGCCCGCGUCCCCCCGCCACACCCAAGUGCAGGGAGUGUGGCACUUCGCUAGCAACGGAGCAGCAUGAGUGCCACCCUCGGUGCUCUCUGUGCGGCGGGAACCACCCGACGGCAGCCAAAACCUGCCCCAACAGAUUCCUGCCACCCGUCAACCGUCGGAAAUCGCAGAAGGCCCUGAGAGCAGGCUCCUCGUCUCCGACACCACGUGGCGAGCGUUCAGCUUCCCGCAAGUCGCGAUCCCCGAAACGACGCGGAGCUGUCCUGGAGAGGAGCAGUUCCAGGCCGCGUUCCGGUUCCGGUUCUAGGCGCAGGACCUCAUCGCGACGACGGACGCCAUCCCAUGGCAGGACCUCGAGCCGUGGACGUUCCGCAAGUGGCAGGAGGGGAAGCAAGGGAGCAGGGCAGGUCACGCAGCAGGUGAGCUGGGCACAGGUUGUUUCUCCCAAAGCUCGUCCCCCCCCUGUUGACACAGAGCUGGCACAGGCACACGCCCACAUUAGGCGUCUCACUGAAGAGAACGCAACACUCAAAGCAGAAAUCAGUAAAGUACACGCAGAGUUCGUAGCACUUAAAGAUGAAUUUUUAGGAAGAAAUAGUACUACCCCUGCACAAAGCACUUCAACCCCACCCCCGGAGAAGCGGAAACGGGAAGAGCAACCAGCGCACACAGUCACUUCAAAUCCGACACCGCAACGAGCAACCGCCCAGCCCACCACACCACAGGGAGUCAUUCCCGUCCAAUAUGCCACUCCUCAGAAGGUAGAGGAGAUAGUAGCAAAGGCCAUUCAGAGCCUUCAGACAUCCCUACAAGCUACCAUGCAACAACAACUCACAGCUAUACAACAGUCAGCUGCACAACAACAACAAUUCGCAACUCAACAACAACACUCUAACACUGAGAUGGCGGAACGCAUCAUGAGACUAGAGGAACGCAUACUAGCACUGGAAGCUCGUCAAAGCCGGCGCCCCAAGAAAGCAGCUCAUCAGGCCCUACCAGAUUUGCCAGAUUCUCUAGGCUCACCAGAACCCCACCUGGUGCGCGCAUCACCACCCCUUAAUAACCAAGAUGGCUCCUCCUCAACAUAUAUGCAGUAA